UUCCGUACUUUCUUCCAGAAAUGGUUACCAGAUGCGCAUGUACCAGAUCGACGUGUGCUUGCAGGACGCUUGCUUUCGGAUCUUGCAAAUGGUGUAAUAGUAGAAACACGGGAGAAAGUUAAUGGCAAGCUGGGAACAUACCAGGCUGAUGGGUGGAAGAAUGUUGCGAAGACAAAUGUGAAUACAUCAUUAAUAACAGUUGAGGGAAAGAGUCACCUCGUAAAAACUCAUGAUAUGACUGGUCGGCCUAAGACUGGUGAUGAGUACUACAGCAUCAUGGAGGAAGACAUUGAGUACAUCAAAAAGGUUUAUGGAGUAGAUGUCAUUUGUGUAUGUACAGAUGAUGGACCAGAUGGCAAGAAGGCUCGACGCCUAGUCCGGGAGAAGCAACCAACAAUAGCCACUACACAAUGCUGGAGCCACCAGAUGGGUUUGUCUACAGGGGAUUAUUUGAAGCUCAAACUUCCAUUCAUGCUGGCAGCAAGUCAGGCCAUUGAAGUAAUCAAAUGGUGGAAUAACCACAACAAAGCCCAUGACUUGCUGAAAGCUCAACAGCUCACAAUUUCAAUGAAAGUGCUUCAGCUUAUUCUACCUGUUAUCACUCGAUGGACUGCUCAUUACUGCUCACUCCGGCGAGUUGAGCACCUUGAACGUGCUAUACGGGGCUGUGUUGGAGCUCACUUCGAGCAAUUGCUUCUUGCUGGUGGUAAUAGGGCUGACCAAAAACAAAAGGCUGAAGAAGUGAUGGCUUAUUGCCAAAGCCCCGUGUUCUGGUUGAACCUCAAGCGAAUUGUCCGGCAUCUCGAACCACUAGCUAUUGCUGCCAACAUUCUACAAGGAGACUCUGUCCGUUUUGACCAUGUUCUACUCACAUUAGGAAACCUUUACCGCAUUUUUGGCAAUCUUCCCAUUGAAGAUCAUGAGGUCUCUCACCAUAUGCAGACUGUAUUUGAACGCCGCUGGAAAAAUUGUGAUCAGGAACUCUUUAUCCUUGCUGUUUUCUUCAAUCCUUACAUCCGCUCCAAAUGCUUUAACCAUGACACAUUAACACAAAUGGCCCUUAUGAAGAUGGCAGGUCGCAUUUUUGAGCGUCUUACAGGACAAAAAUUCCUCGGGGAUACAGGAUUUAUGAUUGCAUUUCAAGACUAUUAUUCAGGAAUAGGUGUAUUCUCAGAUGGUGAAAUGUGCUUGAGCAUGUUUAAAGCCACAUUUGAGGCAGCAGAUGAACCCCUUGAUCUUGUCAAACUGUGGCAGAGCUUAGAUGGCAAUCCGAAUAACUUUACUGGGCAGAGUGGCUUUGUCAAACUUGCCAUCCGUAUCCUUAGCAUGGUUCCCAAUUCUGCCGGUGCAGAACGGGUCUUCAGUGCAUUUGGCUUUGCACAUACCAAACACCGCAACAAGCUCGACUCUCAAAAAGUACAUGAAUCUACAUUAGUACGUCAGUCAAAUAUUCAAAAACAUCAGGAAACUGGAGAAGUCAAAAAGCGAAAGCAACGG